UUCUUUACAAUCAGGAAUGGUGAGAAUGGACCGCCGGAUUGUCAUCCUGUUGGCGGUGACGGUCGCCCUAAAUGGGGCAUCGUCGAGAAAACCAAAGAGAAGAGAUGCUGCCGCUGAUUGUGGUGGAAACAACGAUGUAGUUUUCGUCGUAGAUUCAUCCGACAAUGUCGGGAAAGACAAUUUUAACAAAGAAAUAGACUUUGUCAAACAAACUGUAAAUCAUUGGAAUGUUGGCCCAACGGGUAUGCAGGUGGGUCUGGUCACUUUCGGUGACACGGCCAAAAACGAGUUCUACCCCAAUGCCUAUUCCACCCAAGCGGACGUUCUCAACGCCCUGGCCAGUGUAAAAUUCAUUGGUGGGAAAGCCAACACUGCCGAGGCGAUUAAAAUCGCCUACGAGAACUCGUUUAACCCUCUGAGAGGCGGCAGGAGUAAAUCUCCGCACACAAUCGUCCUGGUGACUAACAGCGCCUCCAACGCCAAAGACCUUACCCUUCUGGAAAGCAAGAACGCCAAGGACAACGGAGACGUGAUCUACACUGUCGGCAUCGGUGGUGCAGUGGACGCUAGUGAGCUGUCACAGGUGUCCAGCGAUCCGGAUUCCAGAUAUGUCUUCAAGGCAGACAGCUUCCAGUCUCUGAAUGGCAUUGCGGAUUAUCUUGCCCUCAAAGCAUGUAAUGAGCUUCCAACUGAUCCGAAUUUCCUGCCUGCACCAACCAGUUGUCUGAAGAAGGCCGAUCUGGUCUUCAUGCUUGACUCCUCCUCAAGUGUAGGCUCGGCCAACUUCCAGAAGCUCGAGGGAUUCCUCAAGGACUUCGUAAAGACCGUCAACGUUGGCCCUGAUGCCGUCCACGUUGGCGUUGCUCAGUUCAGCAGUUACCCAUCCCUGGACAUUUCUCUCAACGUAUACACAAACAGACCAGAGUUGCUCAAGGCGAUUGGUAACAUCAACUACCUCGGUGGCGGAACCAACACAGCUGACGCCAUCAAGUUCAUGAGGGAAAAUAUGUUUGCUAAUGGUGCCAGAGCCGGUGUUCCUCACAUUGGAAUCCUCGUGACUGAUGGUAAAUCCUCCAGCACUGUACAGACUACCUCUGAGUCCAACACAGCACACCAGAGCGGAAUUGGUCUCAUCUCCGUGGGCGUCGGCAGCGCCGUCGAUCGUUUAGAGUUGAACGCCGUCGCCAGUGACCCCGACAGUCAGAAUGUCUUCACCGUCAACAACUACGACCAACUGAACACCAUCGUCAACCAAAUUAUGGGGGCUGCAUGCAAAGUUCAACCGGCGUCAUCGACUGGUGCGUCCCUCGGGCCGGACACGUGCACGGACGUGAAGAGCAACUGCCCCCAGUACGGUCGUGAUGUGUGCACCCAGUACCCAGACUGGUCCAAAAUAAACUGCAUGAAAUUCUGUGGACAAUGUACAUCGUCCUACACGACGACCCCUGCCCCCUGCAAGGACGCCCUGGCCAACUGCCCCAGCUACGGGAACACCGUCUGUACAAACUACCGACCCUGGGCGGAAACCAACUGCCGGCUCUAUUGUGGAACACCUGUUUUCAGCUGGCGGUGCCGCUACAGUAGGUUUUUACGGCAAGUGCUACUACAAAGGGAAUGCAUACGCUCAUGGAGAGAAAUGGUCAGAUGGAUGUGCCUACGAGUGCACUUGAUGUCCCGUGUACUACAACCUUCCCGCUGGCUGCACCCUGGUGAAGAAAUCAGGAGAAUGUUGCCUGCAGGCCGUGUGCAACUUCAACCCAACCAUCAACUCAUUCUCAGGAUCUGGCGCAGGAGUCAAGAAUGGAAUAAAUGUGUGCGUGUACAAGACCAAGUCCUAUUACCAGGGACAACAGUGGGAGGACGGCUGCACCUCCACCUGCACCUGCACCGAUGCCAGCACCGGCGCCUACACCUGCUCGGAUCUAUGCGGAACCUACAAUACGCUGCCCAGCAUGUGUCAGCUGCAAAGAAUCCGGGCAAGUGUUGCCCGACCCCAGUCUGUGAGUUCAGUCAGCAACAAGGCAGCUUCUCCGGGUUCGGCUCAGUCAGCGCUCAUGGCAUAGGAAUGAGCGCCACGGCAGCACCCCCGUGUAAGGACACCCUAGACAACUGCGCCUCGUAUGGACGGUCUGUGUGCAUGUCUUACCCCGGCUGGUCUCAGAGCAACUGCAGGAAGUACUGCAACCUCUGCAACGACGGUCAAGUGAUUGCAGGUGCCAAUGAUCGCUGUCUAUACAAUGGUCACAAGUACAUGCAAGGACAGAACUGGAAGGUGUCCUGCGACAAGGAAUGUGUCUGUGAGAACGCCGUCUAUGGCUACUACAGGUGUCUCAGCACGUGUCCAACUUACAACAACCUUCCUUCUGGCUGCGCGGUCACUAAGAAGGAUGGUCAGUGCUGUCCAAGCGUCCAGUGUAGUGCUGGAACGUUCGUCUCCUCCUCCACCAACCUCAACACCAUUGGUAAUGGCGGCAUGAUCUGGACCGGAACCGGAAGCGGAAGCGGAAGCGGCUCUGGUAGUUACGUUGCACCGACUCUUCCAUCUGGAGCAAAAGCUCAACCAGGAACCGGUGGAACUGGAUACCAAGCGCCAAAAUUGAAUGGUUGUCUGUAUAACGGCGGUGUCUACGCCCUCAAUCAGCGGUGGAACGACGCCUGCAGCAAGUCCUGCGUGUGCACCGACGACAAAACUGGUCUCUACAGCUGCAAGCCAAGGUGCCCGACGUACCCCACCAUGCCUACCAGCUGUACCCUCGUGGCCGACCCCAACGACUCCUGCUGCCUCAUCCCCCACUGUACCGGCGCUGCGGCCGGCUACGUUGCCGUCCCGUCGUUCGGUCAAGCGGUGCAAGGCCACGGCGCUGUCCAGCCUCCAAGUACAGGUGACCUGUGGAAGGGAGUAGGGGGCUACACCAUUGUCCAGCUGGGGCCAACCGUACCCGCUCCCACAGGGGGAGUCGAUGUCUUCGGCGGAAUUGGCUACUGUAUGUACAAGGGGAAGCAGUACCUCCCUGGACAGACGUGGGAGGACGGCUGCGACUACAACUGUGUCUGCGACGACGCCACAUACGGCCACUAUAAAUGUGUUGAGAAAUGUAUCCACUACACAAACCUUCCCGAGCCGUUCUGUCGCCUCGUCCCCGACCCAGCUAAUGCAUGCUGUAAGAUCCCCAUGUGCAACUUCACCGGACCCUACCAGGGCUUCACGGGAUACGCCUCGUUCUCCCCCAACACACAACCCCAGGAGACGACCACGCCCCUCCCUACGCCAGGACUACCGUUCUGCGUCUACAAGGGCAAGCACUACAACCAGGGGCAGCAGUGGUACGACGGCUGCAGCUACAAGUGUCAUUGUGACGACUCCCAGAACAACAAAUACACCUGUCUGAGCAGAUGCCCAGAGUACAAGGAUGUAGACCCCGCAUGCAAGGAAGUCCCUGACCCCCGGGACCCUACGUGCUGUAGGAUGCCACAGUGUGCCCCCUCCGUCGUCGGGACCCCUACCGCAGGCACUGGACUUGUCCCCGCCCUUCCUACCGUCCCCGCGGGGUCAGUUACAGGGAGCGGCACCCAGACAUCUGGUGGUACCGCCAUAGGUUACUGUUUGUACAAGGGUACGCAGUACAAGAAGGGGGACCGGUGGGUGGACGGCUGCGACUACAGCUGCGUGUGCGAGAACACCGACACCGGCCACUACCGCUGUACCGAGAGAUGUACUCGGUACGCUAACCUCCCCUCGGCUUGUCACCUCAUCACCGACUUCGCCAACCCCUGUUGUGAGGUGCCACGGUGCAACUUCGGCAGCAGUGGUAACGGUGUGACUGGGUACCAGACCCCUCCGGCAGGUGUCAGCCCGUCCCCUGGGAGUCUGGCCACACCCUCCCCAGGUACAUGUGACUACAAAAGUGUCCAGUAUGUCCAGGGUCAAGUCUGGACGGAUGGCUGUGAAUUCAGAUGUCGUUGUGACAACGCUGCCAAGGGUAUCUACACCUGUUCUGAUAGGUGUCCUAAAUACGACAACCUCCCUGGAUCUUGCACACUGGUGACUGACCCCAAGGACGCCUGCUGUUUAACACCUGUCUGUACAGUUCAGCCGGGUACACCAGCCCCAAUCGGCACUCCCACCCCGGGUCCUGGUGUGUCACCCCUACCAGGACAAACACCUCACCCCGGAUCUGGCGCCACCCCGGGAGUCAAUCCAACACCUUACCCAAUCCCGACUGCUGUCCCAGGGAAGAUCGUGGGUCAUAUCAACGUCCCACCACCCACCCCCGGGCCCGGAGGACUGAUCCCCACCCCAGUGACCAUUAGACACUGCGAGUACAAAGGUAGCCAGUACAACCAAGGACAGAGAUGGAGGGACGGAUGUGACUACAACUGUCAAUGUGUAGAUGCUCUGUCUGGAAAAUACGAAUGUACAGAACUGUGUCCGCAGUUCGUGCACCUGCCUCCCUACUGCACCCUCGUCAAGGAUCCCGCCAACCCUUGCUGUGAGGUACCCGAGUGUAGCCAGGGCCCCGCGACCCCGCAGCCCACCCCUCCCGGACAGACACCCCUCCCAGGACAGUCUCCUCUGCCAGGACAUUCCCCCCUCCCAGGGUCGACCUUGGCCCCACUACCUGGUCACAGCCCAUCCCCUGGAGUCACACCAAACCUUGGACCAGGCGUCACGCCCACACCUAAAGACGUGUGUGUGUACAAGGGCAAAUCGUAUACACAGGGACAGUCUUGGUUCGACGGCUGUGACUACAAGUGCGAGUGUGAGGACGGAGCAGCCGGCGUCUACAGAUGCAACAACAGGUGUCCGUCCUACAACAACCUCCCACCCCAGUGCACCUUGACCGCUGACCCACAGGACCCCUUCUGCUGCAAACUGCCCAAGUGCCACUUCGACGCCACGCAGACCAACGCCACCGGCUACGGCCUCAUUCCAACUCUGCCGCCUGGCUCCGUGUCAGGAGGAAAGGCCACCCCUAUGCCGACCCCAGGGCCUAACCCGUACGGCAGCCCCACCCCAGGUCCUGUACUCACCCCCUACCCAGGCUAUACUGGUAGCCCGGGGCCUUACUUAACACCAGACCCUGGCGUUACUCAAGCGCCAGACUUGAAAAAUGUCUGCGUGUACAAGGGCAAGACGUACAGUCAAGGACAGAGAUGGCAAGAUGGCUGCGAGUUUGAUUGUGUGUGCCUCAACAGCGCGACAGGAGCUUACAAAUGUACAGAAAAAUGUCAGCGUUACCCCAGCCUCCCCCCUCAGUGUCAGAUGGUCCAGGACUACCUCAACCCCUGCUGCCGGAAGCCCUACUGUGACUUCAGACCAACCACCACACUGUUCCCUCCUACAUACCUGCCGGGACACUCACCCACCCCUCACUCUGGCGGCACCCCCACCCCACAGGCUCCCACACCCAGCGCUGUCUGUAUAUACAACGGCGUGCCCUUCCAACAAGGCGACUCUUGGAAUGACGGCUGUGACCUCAAGUGUAGCUGCGAGGACGCCAAGUCUGGCUACUACAGGUGUAAUCACAGGUGUCUGAAGUACGACAACAUCCCUGCCACGUGCAUCCUACAGACUAACCCCCGGGACAGCUGCUGCAAGGUGCCCUUCUGUGCCCCCGUCAUGCCGCCCACCCAGGCGCCUCAACCGAACACUCCCAGCCCUCUGCCUGGAGUCUCAACGCCGUCGCCAAUACCCGGAGUGUCGCCAACAUUCGGGCCUGGCAUGUCCCCCAACCCCAACCCCGGAGUUAACCCCACCCCCAAUCCAUACCCAGUGCCCACAGCUAUACCCGGGAUACUCACAGGCAACGGCGUGAACCCAAAUCUGAACCCCAAAGACAACGCAACAAUGGGAUGCUUCUACAAGGGCCAGCUUCACAAGCAGGGGGAUAAGUGGAUCGAUGGUUGUGAGUUUAACUGCGAGUGUGUGGACGCCAAGAAAAGCCGCUACCAGUGUCUGGAGAGGUGCCCUGCGUACAACAACGUGCCAGCCUAUUGCAUGUUGGUGCCCGACCCCAAUGACGCGUGCUGCAAGGUGCCAUCCUGUCUCCCCCCACUCAGUGUGAAGCAUACAACACCUGCACCCCUCCCUGGUGUGUCACCCAACACCCCGGGUACCCCUCAACCCGUCGUCACCCUGGCUCCAGGCCAAACUUACCCCGCGGGCGUGUCUCCCCCCGUGGCUGGUACCCCGGUUCCAGGAACUCCUGUGCCUCAACCAAGAGAUGUAUGCACGUACAAGGGCGUGUCAUACACUCAGGGCCAACAGUUCUACGACGGCUGUGACAAGGUCUGUGUCUGUGAGAAUGGGAAAACUGGCUUCUACAGAUGCUCCGACAGAUGCACACAGUUCACGAACAUCCCCUCUACUUGCACCCUGAUCGCUGACCCCCGGGACCCUGGGUGCUGCCAAGUACCACAGUGUAUCCCCAACCCCGGUCAACCAGGCUUCUCCACCCCCAAGCCUGGCGCACAGCCAACCAUCGCUACCAACGUCCCUGGCUUCGUGACGGGCAAGGCGCCUGUCCCAGGCCCCACCCCCGGGCCUGACGGGAAGAUUCCAACACCUGGCCCAGACGGGAAAUACCCCACCCCAGGCCCGGGAAUGACACCAGCCCCGAGAAGUGGGUGCGACUACAAGGGCACCGUGUACGUCGAGGGUCAGAAAUGGCAGGAUGGCUGCAAGUACAACUGUAUCUGUGACGACGGCAAGACGGGAAAAUACACCUGCAAUGAAAGGUGUCCGUCCUACCCACUGUUGCCCCCUCAGUGUACUUUGGCAACAGAUCCCAAGGACUAUUGCUGUUCUAUCUCAGUGUGCGACUUUAACAAACCAAUCGCCACACCAGGACCCCGGCCCAACCCAUUUGCCACCCCUUCACCCAAUUAUCUUACACCCUACCCUGGCGGCACCUACCCUCCAGGAGUUACUCCACCUACCCUUGCCCCAGGAGUCAGUCCACAUAGACCUAAGACGCCGUACCCAGGAGGCACCUACCCGCCAGGAUAUACCCCACCAAUCCUCUAUCCCAAUGGGGUCAGUCCAUCCAUUCCACAGACACCCUACCCUGGAGGAACCUACCCUCCAGGAGUUACUCCACCUACCCUUGCCCCGGGAGUCAGUCCACAUAGACCUAAGACGCCGUACCCAGGAGGCACCUACCCGCCAGGAUAUACCCCACCAAUCCUUUAUCCCAAUGGGGUCAGUCCACCCAUACCACAGACACCCUACCCUAGAGGAACCUACCCUCCAGGAUUUAUUCCACCUACCCUUGCCCCGGGAGUCAGUCCACAAAGGCCUAAGACGCCCUACCCAGGAGGCACCUACCCGCCAGGAUAUACCCCACCAAUCCUCUAUCCCAAUGGGGUCAGUCCAGCCAUACCACAGACACCCUACCCUAGAGGAACCUACCCUCCAGGAUUUAUUCCACCUACCCUUGCCCCGGGAGUCAGUCCACAAAGGCCUAAGACGCCCUACCCAGGAGGCACCUACCCACCAGGAUAUACCCCACCAAUCCUCUAUCCCAAUGGGGUCAGCCCACCCAUUCCACAGACACCCUACCCUAGAGGAACCUACCCUCCAGGAUUUAUUCCACCUACCCUUGCCCCGGGAGUCAGUCCACAAAGGCCUAAGACGCCCUACCCAGGGGAACCUACCCGCCAGGAUAUACCCCACCAAUCCUUUAUCCCAAUGGGGUCAGUCCACCCAUUCCACAGACACCCUACCCUGGAGGAACCUACCCUCCAGGAGUUACUCCACCUACCCUUGCCCCGGGAGUCAGUCCCCAAAGACCUAAGACGCCGUACCCAGGAGGCACCUACCCGCCAGGAUAUACUCCACCAAUCCUCUAUCCCAAUGGGGUCAGUCCACCCAUUCCACAGACACCCUACCCUGGAGGAACCUACCCUCCAGGAGUUACUCCACCUACCCUUGCCCCGGGAGUCAGUCCACAAAGACCUAAGACGCCGUACCCAGGAGGCACCUACCCGCCAGGAUAUACCCCACCAAUCCUCUAUCCCAAUGGGGUCAGUCCACCCAUUCCACAGACACCCUACCCUGGAGGAACCUACCCUCCAGGAUUCACUCCACCUACCUACGCUCCGGGGAUCAGUCCACCCAUCCCGAAGACGCCCUACCCAGGGGAACCUACCCACCAGGAUAUACCCCAGGAAUACCAGCCCAGCCAAGCCCUGUACCAACAAUCCCACCAAAUCCUCUUGGUACAAAGAAGCGUUGUCUUUCUGUGUGUACAAGGGCGUACCUUACCGCCAGGGUCAGUCGUGGCAAGAUGGCUGCAGUCAGAAAUGCCGCUGUGAGGACGCAACAAACAACUACUACACCUGCUUCGACAGAUGUCCGUCAUACAACCUGCAGGCAGGCUGUGUCCUGGUAACCGACACCUCGGAUCCAUGCUGUCAGGUCCCCCAGUGCACCUACAUCCCCACCCCCAUGCCGGCAGUCACCCCCGCCCCAGGAUCUACUGCCACUCCCAUGCCUGGAGUCAGCCCGACCGCAGCCCCAGCAAUGACCCCCUACCCUAACCCUUCACCCCUCCCUACCGCCAUCCCUGGUCACAUCAGUGGGCACAAUCCGGUCGACCCAAAACUCAACCCUGUGGGAAAAGAGAACUUCUGCCUGUACAAGGGACAGAUGUUCAGGCAGGGACAGCAGUGGGAAGAUGGGUGUGACUUCCAUUGUGUGUGUGUGGACCAGUCUACGGGGAAAUACGACUGCACAGAAAAAUGCGGGAAGUACGUAAACAUCCCUCCCUAUUGUGUAAUGGUUCAGGAUCCUAGCAACUCGUGCUGCAAGGUACCCAGCUGUCCUGGAGCCCUGACUCCUGUCAGUAGUCCCACCCCACAGCCAACGCCAAGUCCAGGAGCCACCUACGCACCCGGCGUGUCACCGACUCUACCCGCUGGAGUCUCCCCUACCCCGGGGGUAACCCCAUACCCAGCCCCGGCGUUACUCUCGGAUAUCCCAUACCUAAAGCAUCUAAUAUCAUUACAAAAUAUUAAAGAACAAGACGUGUGUGUCUUCCAAGGCAAGGCGUACACCCAGGGACAGCAGUGGUACGAGGGGUGCGACAGGGUGUGCGUCUGUGAUGACGCCCAUACAGGCCUCUACUCUUGCAACGUCAGGUGUCCCACGUACACCAACUUAGCCCCCACCUGUGUGAUGGUACCCGACCCACAAGACCCCAUCUGUUGUAAGGCACCUAAGUGUGACAACGGCAACAGCACCACCGGGGUGAUCGGCACCAUCACCGGUAACGGCCGGCCACCCACCCCCAGGCCGGUACCCACCUACCUCCCGGGCCAGUCCCCGUCACCCGGCACAGGGGCCACACCCAGCCCGGGCACCCAAGUCACGCCCCCUCCACAAAAGGUGUGUGUUUACAAGGGUGUCGCGUAUAACGAGGGUCAGAAAUGGCAGGACGGCUGCGACUUUGACUGUGUCUGUCUGGAUGGCACGACAGGCAACUACAAAUGCACUGACAGAUGCCCGAGGUACCCCAACCUUCCUUUGACCUGCGUUCUGGCCUACGACCCGGCUAACCCCUGCUGUAAGAAGGCGCUGUGCGGGGACCAGGUGCCCACCCCCGGGCCAGGAGUCUCCACCCCUAAACCUCCCACCAUAGUCAACCCUACUCUCUACCCAGGACAAGUACCCACACCCCAGUUCUGUAUAUACAACGGUGUGCCAUUCAGACAAGGUCAGAAGUGGAACGAGGGCUGUGACAAGGUUUGUCGCUGUGAAGAUGCUGCCACCAAGCAGGUCAACUGUGACGACAGGUGUCCGUCGUUCCCGUCUAUCCCCUCCGGGUGUUCCCUGGCCACUGACCCCAACGACAAGUGCUGCAGCAUCGUCAACUGCGCCGUGAACCCCGGCCAACCAGGCACCAGCAUCACCGGCGUCCCAGGGGUCAUCACCGGAUACGGCCUUCCCUCCACCAGCCUCAACCCGUACGUCACCGGCAAACGGGACGUGUGUAUAUACGACGGAAAGACAUACAAGCAGGGUGAGACAUGGAACGACGGCUGCACCUACAACUGCGUCUGCAUCGACGCCGACAGCGGCAAAUACCAGUGUACAGAGAAAUGCCCACGUUAUCCUCCACUGCCCUCAUCAUGCACUAUGGUCCAGGACAAGACUAACGCUUGCUGCAUGAAGCCGUACUGCCCUGACCGCGUCCCCACCCCGGGACCCGCGAUAACACCAGCCCCCGGAGUCUCCACCCCGAAGCCAGGAGUAUCUACCCCUACCCCCGGGCCGGGCGUGUCACCCUCAGCUGGAAGUUUACAUACCCCCGCAAUAGGAGGAGUACCCACUGUCGACGUGUGCGUGUACAAGGGUCAGCAGUACAAGCAAGGACAGAUGUGGUAUGACGGAUGUGACAACAAGUGCCGCUGUGAGGAUGCUAAGAAUAACUUCUACAGGUGCCAACAGAGGUGCGCCGCUUUCGCAAGCGUUCCUGUUUCCUGCACUCUGGUGCCUGACCCCAAGGACCCCAUGUGCUGCGAGGUUCCUAGCUGUCCCCUCCCCACACCAGCACCGGGUGUCUACCCCACCCCAGGCUUCCUGACAGUCACGGCGGGACCCACGGGCGUUAUUACAGGAAACGGUCUGAUCCCGACCCCUAAACCAGGUCAGCCACCACUGCAGCCAGGAGUGACCCCCACCCCAUACCCCUUCGUGUCCCCGGGGGUGGCAGUCACACCUUCACCCGGCAGCGUGGUGACUCCACUACCUAAGACAGGCUGCUACUACAAGAACCAUGUCUACAAGAAGGGACAGUCUUGGGACGAUGGCUGCGACUUCAACUGCAUCUGCCUUGACGACGUCACCGGCAAAUAUAAGUGCAGCGAGAAAUGUCAGAAGUUCCCUUCAGUGCCGACACAAUGUGUGCUGAUCCAGGACCCCAGUGACAAAUGCUGCCAGAAGCCUUACUGUGACUUCAUGAACCCCACCCCCUUCCCAGGAGGAAUCCCCACGCCUGCAGGUGUGGCCACACCCACACCUGUCCCAGGCAUCAACCCUAAUGCAUCACCGUCGACAGCAAGCAUGAUCGGCACUGGCACUGCUAUAUUUGGCAAACGAGGUUUCUGUGUCUACCAAGGCGUGUACUACAACCAGGGACAGGAGUGGAACAUCGGCUGCUCCAAGACCUGCCGCUGUGAGGACGUGUCCACCGGCUACUACUCCUGCCACGAGAGGUGCCCCAGCUACGACAACGUCCCCUCCACCUGCCACCUGAUCGCCAGCCCCACCGACCCAUGUUGUCUUGUGCCUGAAUGCAACAACUACCCUCCCGUUGGCUACGUCACCAAGCCCGGCAUCGUCGGCACCGGUGCCCCUGGGGUCAGCCCAGGAGUAUCGUACCCCAGCAUCACCGGUAUUUACCUCCCCACCAACAUUCCCGGGACCAUCACGGGCAUCAGCGGCAGCAACAGCAACUACAACCCCCAGUAUGGUGUAGGCGUCUCCGGAAUAAGAACUGCCUGCGUGUACAAGGGACACAUCUACAACCAGGGUCAGACGUGGAACGACGGCUGUAACUACAAGUGUGAGUGUAUUGACGCCGCCAGGGGGCAGUACAGAUGCUCAGAAAGGUGUCCAAGGUACUACAACCUCCCUCCACAAUGUAAGCUGAGCCCCGACCCCGCAGACAACUGCUGUGAAAAGGCCAUCUGUGACUUCACACCCACUCUUCCACCAGGGAUGUCAACAACAACACCGACACCAACAUCUUCCACCCCCAAGGUUACAGCUGGAGUCGCCAUCGGGAAAUGCGUGUACACGGACGGUUCUAUCCACAACCAGGGCGACAUGUGGAGCGACGGCUGUGACUUCGACUGCAAGUGCGACGAUGCCAGCAAAAACAUCUACACAUGUAACCAGAAGUGUCAGGCGUACUCCAGUCUGCCCAAGUAUUGCCAACUCCAGCCUGACCCCAUCAACAAGUGCUGCGAGAGACCAGUGUGUACAGGCGGGAUUACUGCCCUCUCGGGCAACAGCAAACCCACCGCCUCUCCAACCCUGGACCCAAAGAUACAGAACAUCAUCCCCCUCGGCACCCACAGCGUCUUCACGGGGACGAGCCAAGCCAGUACUAUUCCUGGGAUGCAGCACAUAGUGGGCGGGAGAAGCGUCUGCGUCUAUAAUGGCACCACCUACGGUCAGGGUGAAUCUUGGGACGACGGGUGUAAGUACGUCUGUACUUGCAAGAAUGCAGCGGCUGGACUGUACCAGUGCACGUCUAAGUGUCCCAACUUCCCUCCCCUUCCGACCUACUGUAAGAUGCAGAGUAUUCCUGGUCAGUGCUGUCCGAGUCUCACCUGUAAUGUGCCCGGCAAGGACAUGUACAUCCCCGUACCCCAGCUGGUCCCCACCCCCGGGCCCACCCCUGAUUCCCUCGGCAACACCCCUACACCGCAAACAGGGACCCAGCAACUUCUGGUGGGGCCUAAUGGUAACACCGUGUUCGGUGGGUCCAACCAGCCCGGUGCUGGAGCGACUGUACCCCCGGGACAGACUAUCUCUGGACUGAGAGGCGUCUGUGUGUUCAAGAACCAGAUGUACCACCAGGGCGAGAAGUGGAAGGAUGGUUGCUCCUUCAACUGUGAGUGCCUUGACGCCAGGUCCGGAUACUAUUCCUGCAAACCGAUGUGUCCCAGUUACGACAAUCUACCCAGUGACUGCUACCUGGUCAAGCCUAACACAGGGUGCUGCUCAUCCCCCAUGUGCAAAAAGCCGGACGGCACCGUCAUCAACCCCAUCACCAACCCUAACGUGUACCCCGUCUUCGGCGCCUACACUGGCGGCUUCAGCGGCUUCAGACCAGGCUACAACGUGGGAUACAGCAGCACCAUCGGCGGGUCUACAGCCGGGUGUGUCUACAAGGGCGUUGUGUACCAGCAAGGUCAGAAGUGGGACGACGGCUGCGACUACCGCUGUGAAUGUACAGAUGCUACGACGAGGCAGUACCGCUGUAAUCCAAUGUGCUCAAGAUACACCUCUCUUCCCACCUCUGCCACCUGGUGCCGACCCAGGGGUGCUGCAAGGCCGUCAGCUGUGACACCAAGGUCACAGCCUCCCCGUCCCCUGCAGCUAAUCCCGGCUGUAAGGACGUCAAGCCCAACUGUGACGUGUAUGGUGACUACGCUUGCAAAGGGAGAAUACGAAUCGUGGGGGAGAGCUAACUGUGCAGCGUUCUGUGGACUUUGUCCCAAACCCACCCAGGCUACAUCCUGUGUUGAUGUACUAGACAACUGUGUGCAGUAUGGAUCUGCGUCCUGUAGCGGUGCCUACGAGCCUUGGGCGGUGAAGAACUGCGCCAAGACGUGCAACAAGUGUCAAACGGGUCAAACACAGGUCACGACGACGCCGACGCCGAUUGUGGUCGGAGCCUGCACCGACAAACUCACCAACUGUGCGUCCUACGGCACAGCGUCCUGCAAAGACCCUUACAUGGACUGGGCAAAGGUUAACUGCAAACGUACCUGCGGUUACUGCCCCAACGAGCAGAUUGUCACCGGGCAGUCCCCCAACUCGACAGUCGUGGGGGGAGUGCAGACAAUCUGGGGAAGCGGCUCAACGCAAGGAUGGGUCAUCCUGAUGAAGGGCGUGGCAGGAGUCCCUGGGGACCUGUACCAGCUGUGGUCUGGGUCGGGCACGUCCAACCAGUACAACACCAAAGCCAUGGACCUGACCAACAGUUUCAAAGGUCACUACAAGCCGAACAUCGCCAACCAAUGGGAUCAAUGCAAGUUUGACCAGGUUAAGCUGUCCAUCUACAAGAAUGGUGUAGAGAAAGCCAACAUCAUCUUCAACGCCCAAGGUGCUACAAAGGACAACUGGAUGGACCCCAGCAGGAUCAUCUCCUCCACCUACAGCGACAUCCAAAACGCCGUCCACGGCGUCUUCAGCCUCAAGGGUGAUGCCAACAGCGGCCGUGAAUUCUACGCCAGCAGCGAGUCUAAUGGUUGCGAUGCUUACGGCUGGAUGAUGAUUUCCACCAAGGGGGACUGCUUCUAUGAGAAACUGGCAGCCAAACCAGCGUUCUACUACUCUCCAACUGAAACAAGAUCUCACUGGGGAUUCACCAACCCCGGCGAAGGUGACGUCAUGACCAUCACCGGACACGGAGGACUGUGUGUCGGCUCGCAAACGGGAAGUUCAAACAUUGACCAGUGUUUGUACAAGGGCAAAAGCUACAAGACUGGAGACAGCUGGCAGGACGGUUGUACCUUCAACUGCACAUGCAUAGACGGCACCAAAAGCUUCUACAGAUGCACCGACUUGUGUCCGUCCUUCUCCAACCUCCCGCUAAACUGUAAGCUGGAGAAGCAACCAGGCCAAUGCUGUAGUACGCCCAUAUGUCACGAGCCUAAAGGCGUGUGUCUUUACAAAGGCCGGACAUACACAGAGGGUCAGACUUGGGACGAUGGCUGUGACUACACGUGUACCUGUGUAGAUGGGUCAGGGUCAUUCUACCAGUGCAAGACAAAGUGUCUACAGUGGAAUCUGCCGGACAAAUGCCACCUGGACAGUCCCCCUGCGGGGAAAUGUUGCCCCGUACCCAAGUGCCCCUCCGGUUUCGUCAUCAACUACCCCGUGGGGUACACUGAACAGUAAACACACUGUCACCAGUGGCGCUUCCCACGCCGCUAAUGUAUUUAUUUAUAUAAUAAAACGUGUUAUACAUG